GCCCAAGCAGUUCCGACCCAGCGCCAGCAGGCCUGCUUGGUCGAUCUUCGAGCCGAAGAUGCGGCGGGGCUGGAAGAUGGCUCUGUCCGGUGGACUGAGGUGCUGCCGCCGGGUAUUGUCCUGGGUGCCAGUGCUUGUUAUUGUCCUCGUCGUGCUCUGGUCCUACUAUGCCUACGUCUUUGAACUCUGCCUGGUGACUGUUUUGAGCCCAGCAGAAAAAGUUAUCUACCUCAUACUCUACCAUGCCAUCUUUGUGUUCUUUGCCUGGGCCUACUGGAAGUCUGUCUUUACGCUCCCACAGCAGCCAAACCAGAAGUUUCACUUGUCCUAUACAGACAAGGAGCGCUAUGAAAAUGAAGAGAGGCCUGAGGUCCAGAAGCAGAUGCUUGUUGAUAUGGCCAAGAAGCUACCAGUUUACACAAGAACCGGGAGUGGAGCUGUACGAUUCUGUGACCGGUGCCAUCUGAUCAAGCCAGACCGCUGCCACCACUGCUCUGUCUGUGCCAUGUGUGUAUUAAAAAUGGACCAUCACUGCCCUUGGGUUAAUAACUGCAUUGGAUUUUCCAACUACAAAUUCUUCCUCCAGUUCUUAGCUUAUUCUGUUCUCUACUGCCUGUACAUUGCUACAACAGUCUUCAGCUAUUUCAUCAAAUACUGGAGAGGGGAAUUGCCCAGUGUUCGCUCUAAGUUCCAUGUCCUUUUCCUCCUCUUUGUGGCCUGCAUGUUUUUUGUCAGCCUUGUGAUUCUCUUUGGUUACCAUUGUUGGCUUGUCAGCAGAAACAAAACUACCUUAGAGGCCUUCUGCACUCCAGUGUUUACAAGUGGCCCAGAGAAAAAUGGGUUCAACCUUGGCUUCAUCAAGAAUAUCCAGCAGGUGUUUGGAGAUAACAAGAAGUUCUGGUUAAUACCUAUUGGGUCCAGCCCUGGUGAUGGACACUCCUUCCCUAUGAGGUCUAUGAAUGAGUCACAGAACCCACUGCUAGCAAAUGAAGAACCCUGGGAAGAUAAUGAGGAUGACAACCGAGAUUAUCCAGAAUGCUCAUCAUCUCUUGCUGUGGAAACAGAAACGUAGCAGCUUUCACAUUUCCUGCAUGUCUCAGG